AGCGCUACCCGGAGAAUGUCUCACUGUGUGUCCUCCCACUUGCCGCCACACUGCACCGCUGGCGCGGCCCGCCGUGGUCGCGUAGGUCAGUUCUGCGCUGCCGGCGCGGCGCGCGCGGGGACGCUCGGACGGCCGGACACAUCCUGGUGGAGCGGGCCGAUCGGACUCGGCGUGCUGCACCGUGUGCAGAGAGCCAGUGCGGCCGCCGCGGGCACCCGGGCAGGACGUCGUGCGGCGAGAGGGGCGACACUGCAGGAACGCGCAGAGGACAGACUGGCCGACCGCGGGAGCAGCCAGUGGCCGCGGGACAACACGCCUCAACAGAGCCGGCACACGUCAUCAGAGAUCGCCAUGAUUUGGCUUCUGGGAAGCGUAGCGCUUCUGGUGACUGCGGCGGCGACGCUCUGCGUUCUGGUCGACUUCCUGCGCCGGCCGCGGUCCAACUCGCUCAGCCUGCGCAACCAGCUCGCCAUCUAUGGGAUCCAGCGCUGCGUGGGCGUGUUUGGCGCCUACCAGGGCCGCAAAAUGGAGCGUGACUCGAGACGCUUCAUGGAGGUGCAGCACGCGCUCAUUUCAACCAUCCUCCGAACUGGCGAGCGGACCCGGUACGGGCGUGACCACGGCCUGGCGCGGAUGCGCUCCCUCUCCGAGUUCCGCGCCCGUCACCCUGUCACCGAGUACGGUCACUACGCCGCCUACGUGCAGGCCGUUGAGGCAGGAGAGGAGACGGCAAUGUUCGGCGACGACGAGGUUUACCUGUUUGCCACCUCAUCCGGCACGACUGGCUCCAGCAAGCACCUUCCGAUGGGCCGGCAGCAGUUGCGGCGCAUCAUGCGCAACAUCGCGCCGCUGAUGGCCACCACGCAGGCGCAGUACAGCGGCGGCGCCAUCGCGCCUGUCCUGGUGGUCACCUCGCGCGUGAAGCCGUCGCUGAGCACCUCCGGUAAGCGGAUCUGCUCGCUGUCGCCGGUGCUGCAGGAGUCUCCGCUGGCGAGCCUGCAGUCGGUGACGCCGCCCUGUGUGACCGAGGUGGAGACGGAGUGGGCCGCCUGCUACCUGGGACUGCUGUUCGCGCUGGCCGAGCCCGAGCUGCACGCCCUCUUCACCAGCUUCAUCUUCGUCUUCCUGCGGCUGAUGGACGUGCUGGAGGAGCAGUGGCCCCGCUUGCUCUCCGAGCUGGCUGCAGGUAGGAUCGAGGACCAUCUCUCGCUACCGGAGCCGCUGCUGCGGCGCAUCAACGAGCACCUCACCCCGGCACCGGACCGAGCCAGGGAGCUAGAGCCUAUGUUCACGCAGGGCUUCGACCGCAUCAUCCCGCGACUGUGGCCUCGACUGCGCUUCCUGCAGGCAGCUCGCUCGGGGCUCGCCAGCGACAUGUACCUGACGCUGGCCAGACGGUACAUCGGGGACCUCCCCGUGCUCGACAUGGCCUACUGCAGCUCGGAGGCGUGGCUGGGCAUCAGCGCCGACCCGAGUGCCGCAGAGGUGCCCUUCACUCUCACUGCCGACUCGUGCCUUUACGAGUUUCUGCCCGUGUCGCACGAGGGGGAACACGCGCAGGCGACGUCCAAUCCCAUACCGGACGGCUCAGACGCCGGCGAAGGACCGAAUGACAGCCGACUCCGGCGGAGGGGAGACGCCUCCUCCGUGACACGCACGCACAACGUCCAGGAACAUAACAAGGAGACGGAUGACCCGCGAAGGACGACCACUGACCGGGGCGAGUCUCAUGACACUGCGGACGGAGGGGAGGACCUCCGACACCGCCUGCUGCUCGCCAACGAGCUGCGCGUGGGAGAAGACUACGAGCUGGUCGUGACUACCCGCUCUGGCCUGUACCGGUACCGACAGGGAGACGUGGUGCGCAUCUGCCGGUUCCACAACCGGGCGCCCGUCGUGCAGCUCCUCUACAGGACGGGCACCAACCUGAACAUCCACGGGGUGAACAUAUCCGGCCUGGCACUCUACAGCGCUCUGCGGGCGGCGGCGGAGCGCUGGCCGGGUCGAACGCUGCUCGAGUUUGGGACGGCUGAGAGCGCACUGGACGGGAGCCGGGCCGGGCUGCCGCCACAUCACCUCAUGUUCGUGGAGCUCUGCGGACCGCGGCUCACCGAGGCAGAGGCGGCACUGCUGGACACCUGCCUCCAGUCUCUAUCGGAAGGCUACGCGCUGAAGCGGAAGGAGGGGGCCAUCGGCGCCAUCCAGCUGCUUCAGAUGGAGCCGGGCGUGUUCCUCAAGCUGAGAGACAACAUGGCGGCACGCGGGCAGGCGCACUGGAGUCAGCUGAAACGACUGCACAUCCUCCGCCGUGCAGAGGACGUGGAGUUCCUCAUGAAACACGUGCUGCCACCUAUCGAGUGAAUGUGGAGGUUGAGUCUGGACUCUGGUGAAACGAACUCUUGAACGACGCGAUUGUUCGGUACUGCUUUGUGCUUGCGAAUACGGUAUUACGAUUCCUAUGCUUGCUAUGCUCUUAUUUUAAAAUGAAUGACAACCAUGGUCAUGAAAAUAGCGUGUUUAAGGACAGCGUUCGGGUAUUAGACAUAAGGCAACAUAAAGUGACGAAACUGGCUAAUAGACUAGUAUGCAUGGGUUGAAUGCGUUCAAGAGAUUCGUGGAAGCUUACUAGCAUCUAGAAUGUCUUAAUGGGCGUAGCUAUGUACAUUUUAUGUGUGUAUGACCGAGCUUCUUUUGUCGCAUUUUCAUCCCUAGUUCGAACCCUCAAUCGCACCCAGACCUCUGUCAUCUGUGUAACGGUCAAUACCUCAAUGCAUCAGAAAUACGUCAUUCUAGCUUAGUUUUACGUGGUUUCUACAAAUUAAAGGCAGUAGCGGUAUGCAGGGCGUUCGAACGUAUCUUUUGCCAGUUUGGGUAUGCCACGUUUCCUUCGCUCGACUAACUGGCGAAUAUUUGAAAAUAACAUGGGAAGCCCGGCCGUCCGGAGCGUCCUAUUGACCUCAUAUGUGACGUCAUUAGGCUUGAUAUCGAGAAUACACAAGAAGUGUACA